AUGGUCACGGCUUUGGACUUUUUCGCCAUCGAGAAUCCGCGCAAUGAGACAGAUAAUCGUCAAGGUCGCCUAAUCCCCCUUGAGCCUUCUGAUCUCUAUUAUAUGUGCAUAAAGGACCAGUUCGACCGCCAUUGGGAACAUGUCGGGCGCAUGCGCCCACGCGUGCGAGCCAUAUACAAGGUGCUCUAUCUGCAAUCAGAGCUCCAGCCUUUUCUUGAUUAUAAAGCGGAUGUUGCGGCCGUCAGGAAUGGUCUGGUGGUGCGUUCAUUGUUCCAUGGUACGACGCGGGCCUGCCGUUUAGGCGAGGGGUCGCACAAUCUGGUCUUCUGCGAAUUGUCCGACUGUUCGCUGUGCUCCAUCAUACGAAACUCAUUCGAUGUGGCGAUGUGCGGUGAGAAAUUCUGUCUCCAGCUUACCCCAUCAAAUAGAUUUGGUGUCGGCAUUUACACCACUCCUUGCUCUUCCAAAGCAGAUGACUACGUCAAGAAUCUGUCUCCAGACGCCAAAUGGCGUGUCUCACUAUUGAGUCGCGUCGUCGUCGGUAAACCAAAGAAGUUCCGCCACAAUCGGACCACUCUCACAGAACCUCCGCACGGCUUUGAUUCUGUGUGGGGCGUACCUGGCGCAGAUUUGAAUUAUGAGGAGACAGUUGUCUACGACAAUAACGCAAUUCGGCCAGCCUAUCUGGUGGUGUAUGGAGAUGCCGACCUCGAACUCGACUUCGGACCUAAAGUCCCUGCAACGUCAAUCGAGAUUAUACGGCGAAUUUUCGCAUCGGCUUUCGUGUGA